CAGUCGUGCUGGUAUCAUGAGAGAUGGCUGACUUGAAAACUCUAAAUUGCGUGCUCUUGGUAUCGAUGGCAUGCUGGUUUCUAAUUUCCGAGUCAUCAGGAGUGAAUAUACACAAUCCAAAACGCGGGCCCAUUCGAAUAUCUUUGCGAUCAAACAGACAGAGACGAAUAUACAUAAUCAAAUGUUGCGGCAGACAAUCAUGCUCUAAAGCUUUUAAUAAGAAUUCGCGACAGCCUACUUCUUCACCGAAAAGUAAUACAAAGCCUCAAAUAAAUUCAACGGAAACAAUGAUUUCUCUAAAUACGAACAACGGGGAUCCUGCCUCAAGUGGUGAAGAUUUAAUUCAAACUACGCAGAUACAUGAAGGAGAUAUAGGGGAAUCUACACAAAUUGAGGAAAAAUCAUCUACAAAUAAUCAGGAGCAAGACGCAGAAACUACUAAUUCAAAUCGUAUUGAGACUGAACCAAACAGUCCUGGUGAAACUACGACCAAAUCUGAUAUAGCUACGACUUCAGCUCCAGUGAAUGCACCCUCCGUAUUACCCAGUGCGACUGAAGUAUCAACCGCCGCCACCACCACCACCACAACGUCCACAACCACAACCACGGUAAAUCCAAUUACGGUAAAUCGAAUUGUUUAGUAUUUUAAUUUAACUUUUGUGUGCGAAGCAGUUGUAGUUUUAGUGCAUUUUAAAUUACCUAACUUGAUUCAAACCGAUUUUUAGUGUCAGAUUUCAAAUAGAAACUUUAGCCCAAAAGAUAAUAAUCACAAAUGCACAUGAAUUGAAGCAGCUAGAUUAUGGUUCUACAGCCAGCACCAGCACCGCCGCUGCCACCGGAACCAUCAUCAGCGCAAGCACCGUUUCCGGCACUUUUCCGAGCCCCACUGCUGGCUUCUCAACAACUACUGCCACCAAAGCUGAUACACAAAAAAUAACCACCACGGUCCUCACAACAACAAUCGAUCCAAAAAAAAUUGUUGCACGUGCCAUGCUCUUUAAAUCUGAAAAAUAUUAAUUUCAUUUUACAGACGAUUUUUGAAUACAACAACAGCACAUGCAAGAAAAACGUAUCCCUGUAUUCCAAUGACGGUCAUCUCAUUGAUGCAAAAGAUUAUGGGUACUGGACCGAGGCCUGUGGCCAAUUAUUUUUGUGGGGGAAAACGGUGGUGAAUUGGCAAACAAAUCACGACAAAUGCUGCAGUUUGGGAAUGACGCCAAUCACUAUGGAAAACGAAAACAAAAAGAAAUGUUUAGAAAAUAUUACAAAGCCCUCGGUUUGGAAGUAUAAUUAUAAUUACUGGACCGCGGCCCACAAAACCAGCAUGAAUGACACCUUCCAAUUGUUUGAAUGGUGUCUGCCCAAUGCUGCAAACUUCACGACAUUUGGCAGCACGUCGUCGUAUUGGAUGCCAGGACAACCGCGUGCUAUAAACGGGGAAAAUUGUGUCCACCUGCAAGUGAACAAAAGUCUAAGCAAAGUAUUCCUGACUGCCAGAAAUUGUUCCGAUCUUUAUGUUUUUGGAUGCCAAGGAAAACCGACUCCUGCCCCUCCGUGCUUUGCUCCAAAAUGCCCCGAAUUUAACUGUGACAAAAAUCCAUCGUUUUUUAGUACUCUUGCUGAUGGCGUUACUCAGUACUUGACGAAUCCAAGUAGCCAUGGUUUCUGGUUCACAGUUAAUGGUAGAAGCUACGUGUUCAACUCGGCGAAAAAGACCUGGUUGGAUGCAGCAAAAUCGUGUUGCGCAAUUGGAAUGAAGAUCCUCAGCAUAGAAUUCGACUAUGAAUACAAUAACCUUAUUGCUGCCGCGUAUAAUUCGACGAGUGCAAAUGGCAUAUUUUGGACUUCAGGCACUGAUGAUGGCUGCGAGGGGAAUUUUGGAUGGUGCUCGGUGAACAAAUUGGCAAGGAGUCAAGAAACCAAGUGGCACCCGGGUGAACCAAAUAAUUAUGCCGGCAAGGAAAACUGCAUCUUUCUUAGUUUGAGCCAAACUAGCGCAACGCUCUUUGAUGCGGACUGCUCGACAAGUCAAAUGUACAUUUGCGAGGCUAGGGACACGACAAAAACAACGUCCAAUUCAGAAGCUAUGGUAGACGAGUGUGGAGCCGCAUUUAAUGUUUCCAAAGAGGAAGCCAGGCAGAUUUUUAAUACAACAAUAUUUUCCCUCAAGAUCAAAUGCUUCUUGAAAUGCUUAGCAGAAAAUGGAGGAUUUAUGUUGAAUGGAAAACUCGUUGAUGAGAAGAUUUUGUUACUGGCCGAAAGCAUGGCAGUUAACACAGACAUAAUGCAGGAAAACAUGAUUGCUGUCUCUACGUGCGGUUCAAAAAGGGGAAUGGAUGAAUGCGAUACAGCUUCAUUGAUUUUCCAAUGCGGCCAAGAAAAAGCACCAGAACUCGUCGCUAACGUGAUAAAUACGGUGGAAUUAAAUAAAUCAUCUGAAUCAGUGCCACUACCAAGAAAAUUAGGAAAGUGUCUUACUGAUUUCGACUGUGUCAUUGAUCCACAAAUGCGAGACGAUUACUUGAACAACAGAGCUAUACCCAAUGGAAACAUUUUUACGGCUUGUGGGGUUAAAUAUCUAAUCAUCUUUUCGAGAGUUUCGUAUCAGGAAGCAUUUUCUUUGUGCUGUAAAUACGGUCUGAAACUUUCUUCGUUCAAGAGUCCGAGUGACCUUUUAUGCCUUAUUGAUGCCUCAAAGAGCACGAUUCCGGUUGUGGCGGAACAUGCUUGGCUGGCUGCUAGUAAGCUGGGCGUCACAGACUACUCUUGGUGCACCACUAGCAGCCCCUUCAACCUGUUCCCGACAAUCACUGAUCGAUUUCCUGACCGAGCGGCAAAUCCUGGCGAUUUUUUGCUCUCUGUCAAGUUUGAUGCGCAACCUGCAGCAGUUGCGCUUGGCCGAGAAGGCAGUGGAAGCAUUUGCUUCACUUUCUGUAUGCCUGACACAGAUUAAGUUUGAAUUUGUGCACAUCUGCAUUGAUCUACUGGAAUAAAUUUUGAUAUGCAUCAGUGUUUAUAUGCACCCUGCUUCACA